CUGUCAAAAAAACAAAACACUUUCAUAACCUUCAUAAACAAACAAAUAAAAUGAAAAUCAUAGAUGAGGAUGAAAAUCAUUGAAAAUGGAAGAAAUUACUUUAUAUUAUACAGAUUUCCCACAAAUAUGUCGUAUUUGUUUAAUAAAACAAAACUUGCAACCAUUUCCUCAAAACUUGUAUGACUUUUACGUUAACUUCGUAGCAAGCGAGACAGUAAAAAAUGAAGAUUUUCCUCAAAAUAUUUGUCUUGAAUGCAGUUUCAAGUUGGAAGAAAUGUAUUCAUUCAUCGAAAAAUCUAAAAUCCGAGAGAUGAUGCUGCAUAAGAUAUCUGAAGAGAGACUUAUAAAAGCCUGCAGUUCGGACCAAGAUAUAGCAGAUAAUGAUACAGAUACAGUAGAAGAAUCUAACAUAAAAAAUGAACAAAGAAGGGAUAUCUCAAAAAAGCGGUAUAAAAGUAAAUUCAAAAUGAAGGAACACAGUCCCUUUGAGUGUAAAAUGUGUAAUAAAAUAUACCACAGCAAAUCGUCCUUUGCUAAUCACUGUAGAAUACACAAAAGCAAAAGAGAACCCAAAACGUUUUUGUGUAAUUACUGUGGUAAACAUUUUAUGAAGAGUUCACAUUUAGAGAGACAUACACGAAGUCAUACUGGAAUUAAGCCGUUUAAGUGUGAUAAAUGUGAAAAAGAUUUUGGUGAUAAAUGUGAUUUAAAAAGGCAUCUUUUAACACAUACUCGGGAGAAAAUCUUUCAAUGUACCCACUGCAAUAAAGGUUUUCAUCAGAAAUCUUGUUUGGCCAAUCACAUUAUGACUCAUAGCAAUGAAAGAAAUUAUUCUUGUAAUUUUUGUGAUAAAAGAUUUACAUUAAAGACAUAUCUUAAUGUCCACUUGAGGAUACACACAGGACAAAAAUUGUUUCAGUGUCCACAUUGUGAUAAACAGUUCCCUCAAAAAGGUGGACUGAACAACCACAUUCUGACGCAUACUGGUGAAAAACCUUUCAAAUGUAGUCAAUGUGAGAAAACUUUUGUUCAAUCCAAUCAUCUAAAAGAGCAUGAAAGAAUCCACAGCGGUGAAAAGCCAUACAUUUGCUCGUUUUGUGGUAAAACUUUCGCUUAUAGUAGUACUUUAAAAGUCCAUCUGAGGCAGCAUACAGGUGAAACGCCACACAUUUGCUCAUACUGCGGGAAAGGGUACAGGGAUGCUAGUAAUCUGAGGCGGCAUGUUACAAGACAUCAUGCUAGCAACAACAAAGUUGUGAAAAAGGAGAUUAAGAUUAUUAAAGCAGAAAAUAUCGUCAGUCAAUACUGAUAAAUUAGA